GUCCACGGCAUUUAGCGGAAAACAUCUGACUCCUGCUCGUUUUUUCGAGCCUGUGUUUGGUUUUACUCAUUUUGUGCCCGAGCCGCGGAGGCAUCACGGGAACAAAAAUCGGUGUUUCGCCAGCAGGAUUCCAACAUCUUACUGCGCGCUUUCAAACAGACUAUAAGAAGAAAAGCAUGUGUGGGUGUUAAGAGUCAUCUGUUCGGUUGACCUCGCUGCCCCCGCGCUUGAACACGGAGCUGCCGUCUGUUUUUCCGCUCUGAACGUCCACUCGUCCAGUGAGGCUCACUCCACAUCAUGUCUGCAGAGGUGGAGGUCAGCGCUCCCGCUCCUGCCGAUCCGAGCGUCGCAUCCCCGACUGCAGCAACGGCGCCCGGCACCCCUCCUCCUUCCCCUGCGACAGCUGCAACCAAAGUCCCAUUUAAGAGAGAGAAGAAGAAAGUUCCAGAGAAGACAGACGAGUACCUGCUGGGCAGGUUUAAGGGGGAUGGCGUGAGGUACAAAGCCAAGCUGAUCGGCAUCGAUGAUGUCCCAGAGGCCCGGGGAGACAAAAUGUGCCAGGACUCCAUGAUGAAACUGAAGGGAAUGGCAGUAGCCGCUCGGUCUCAGGGCAAACACAAACAGAGGAUCUGGGUCAACAUUUCCAUGUCGGGCAUCAAGAUCAUCGAUGAGAGAUCGGGGGUGAUUGAACAUGAGCAUGUGGUGAAUAAGAUCUCCUUCAUCGCCAGAGACGUCACAGAUAACCGGGCGUUUGGGUAUGUGUGUGGAGCAGAGGGGCAGCAUCAGUUCUUUGCCAUAAAGACGGCACAGCAGGCAGAGCCUCUGGUCAUCGAUCUGAAGGAUCUGUUCCAGGUCAUCUUCAACAUGAGGAAGAAAGAGGCAGAGGCCUCUCAGAAGGGAGAAAAUGGCAGCGCUGUAGUUGAGAAUGGAAGUGACGCCUCGCUAGGCGCGGAUGGAGCCAAAACUGCCCAACCAGUGGAGGAGCUCAACCUUUUUGGAGACAUUACGACCCCUCCAGACAUCCGGGCUCCAAAUGACGCUAAUGAUAUUCUCUUGCUGGAUUUUUCCGCUGAAGUUGACAGCAAUCAGAAUUGCAUAAAGGGAAACUCCUUUGUCACUUCCUGUGCCCCUGACCUCGGGGCAUCUCCCCACACAGUAAAUCCCUUUUCCUCAGCAUUUGGCUACUUUCCAACCCCAGACACUGACCCUUUCAGAGAUGACCCCCUUUCCAAAGCGCCCUCUCAUUCGCCGCCCAAUAAUUCACAAUUCCCCCACCUCGCCACCUCUAAUCUCCUUAACAGCAGCGCUGGCAACACUUGUAAGACAUUUAUUAACGGUGGUUUGAACGGAGACUCUGAACACCUCAGUCAGCAGAUAAAUGGGUUAUCCAGUAAGAACAUGAUCCUCGCUCUCAAUAAUGGACAGUGGCCACUAGGGGGCCAAAUAUCUCAGGGCAACUCGAUAACCAUGAUGGACGGGAAUGAAACUGCUCCAGCUCUCUCAACCAAAAACCCAUUUUUUGACUCAUCUUUGCAAACUGCCGCCGUCUCGAAUGGCGUAAGUCAUCAUCCGCAGCCCCCAGUGACUCAUAGCAAGGACUCUGUAGUCAUAAACCCACCCCCGCAGAGCUCUAAGGCUGGACGAGGUCGAAGAAGUGCAAAGUCCACAGCAAGUGACCUGUUUGGAGCAGAGCUGUUUGCUGCUCCGAGUCAACCUGAGGGGUCUUCUGCUUCAAGUGACCUUUUCAACAGUACACCUGCCAGCUCCACUCCAUCCUCCAUAGCUGCUCUGGGAAAUCUUCAGCUAGGUCCUCCAGCCACCACAGCUAUCCCUGCUGCAGGCAUGUGGGCAGCCUCCCCCGCUGCCCCUUCCAUGUUCCCCAUGCCAGGAGUGACAGCUCCUGGCCCUAGACCUGCUUACCCGCAGCCGUCUGCCUUCGGGGGUCUGCCCAUUCCUCCCACAGCCUGGGGCCAGUCCAUGCAACCCCAGUUUGUUCCACCUUUAUCUCCACCGCACAUCUUCCCGCCAAAUUCUCCACCCGCUUGGGUUCAGCCUGGCAUGAACCCUUUCCAGCCUGGCGCUUUCCCCGGUAUGGGCGACCAGCAUGGUCCAGCACGCCCGCCUCCCAGACCACCUGUAAAGGAGACUCCAAAGGUAGAGAACAGUGCCUUCACAGCUUUGGAUCCACUUGGAGACAAAGAGAAGAAGACUGGAAAGGACAUGUUCAAGGACUUCCAGAUUGCCAAACCUCCUGCCAUCCCAGCACGGAAAGGGGAGCUGGCAUCCAACUCUGCUUCGGCGUCCAGCGGCAAUGAAUCCGGGGCGUUUGAUCAGUACUUUACCAGCAAAGUUGGCGUCGCUCAGGAGUCUGCAGAUCAUGACGACUUUGAUAUUAAACAAUUGUCAGCAGUUAAUGACGCUCCUAAACCAGCCCCAGCAGCAGCUCCAGCUCCGAGCUUGAACUCCAGCUUCGAUGCUGCCUUCACUUCAGCUCCCAUCCCAAACAAUACAGCACCAGCCCAGGGACAAGGACUUAAUCAGGACAUGUUUGAUCAAGCAUUCGGAGCCCCAGAUUCCAGUCCUUUUGGAGCACCACCUGUAGCUAUGCAGCCUGCUCCUGUUGGUCAGACCUCGACUGCAAAUUUUGGAGAUCCAUUUGGAAAUCCCUUCGCUUGACCACAUAUUUGUACUCAAUUGAAAUGGCAUUAUUGGAGGGAAAGCAGUUCUUCACAUGAACUAACAUUGAAGUGCGCAAGACAAUCCAACCGAUGAACUCCACUGAGUCUUGUCCCUGACCCGCCCGUCUUCUACACCUCCACCUCAUAUGUUGUUUUUUUUUUCCUGUCCAAUCAGUAGUUCUCUUAUUUCAAACGUCCACCGAUCUAUGAAGUAAAUGUAAAUGUCAUGAUCUGCUGAAGAAAGAAAUGUGGUGUUUAAGAGAAGGCACAUCCAAAGAGGUUCACUGCUGAUGCUGUCUGUGUUAUGAAAUAAAGAAAUACAAUCAUCA